AUGACUCUCUCCGACGAAGAGCUUGAUCGUGACUGGAAGCCCAGUGGGCGCCGGCCCCAGUCAACCAUUGCGCGCUCCUUCUCCCUGGAGCUGAUGGACAUAUUUCGUAUUGAAAACAGUGUUGCCGACUUAGACGAGCAGGUAGACAAGCGGAAACAGAUAGUUACUACCAAGGCGAGCGAGCUCGAGGCCAUUGAGAACCGCCUCCGUGAGAUGGAGACAAGGCUGAAUGGUGGAAAUCCGGUGGCAACAAGUAAAUCGUCUGCCGCCGAAGUCGCCGCAGCUAUAUCCGCCGCCCAUGCCGCGGCCAGAGACGUACAGGCCCAGGCCCAGGCCCAGGCCCAGGCCCGGGCGCUCGAGCAUCGCCCACGCGGCCAUCAGCAGCAGCAAGAGGCUCAGAAGCACAGUGGAAGCCGACCAGGAACAGCACGGACAAGCCAACAGGCAGCGCCGGGGGCCCUGCCGCCAACGCCCGUGGGCAGCGAGGACGGUGACAGCGAACACGAUGCCUAA